GAGGGCUUUCUUUUCUCUCUCUUCUAAACGCAAAAUCUAGGAAAAUCUCUCUCUCUCUCCCUCUCCAUCUCCGCGCGUUUGCCGGAGUUCCAUCGAGCAUCUUCAUCAGCUGUCUCAUCACAGGCGAAGGAAUCUUCUAGCUUUGGAUAGCUUCUUUGCUCAAGCGAUGAAGUCUCCGGACCUCGGGGAACAAGAGGAUGUCUAUGUGUACGAUAACUUACCUUCUCGUAACAAUUCUUCUGAAGGGGAGGUGACGAAACGAAAGACCAGCACGUACAGGUCGAAGCAUUCAGAGACGGAGCAAAGGAGAAGAAGCAAAAUCAACGAAAGGUUUCAAACUUUGAUGGAUCUCAUACCUCAAAAUGAUCAGAAACGAGAUAAAGCUUCCUUCCUUUUGGAGGUAAUAGAGUAUAUCCGAUUUCUUCAGGAAAAGCUACAAAUGCAUGAGAGUUCUCAGCAAAUGUGGAAUCAAGGCCCAACAAAAUUGAUUCCAUGGAGAAAUAAUCACAGACCUGCUGAAGAUGUCAGUGAUCAUUCUCAAAGCAUCAAAAGCUGGUCAAGUCAUGAGAAGGGUGUUGCUCCUCCAGAAAUGCUCGCUGAUAUGCAAAAUUCUCUGGAUGCUGAUGUCGACUCAACGGCUGUGUUCAGGUCUCUCAAUCAGAAUCCUACUUCAGGAGUUCCAUAUUAUGUGCCUGCCGAUCCUUCAUUGCAGUUUGUUCAGCAAGAUUCAUGCCAAGUAAGACAUAGCAGUGGAUCAGCUGUUUGCAGUAUGAGCGAACCUUCUAACUCGAAGGAUAAAACUUCAGUCGGGUUGUCCAAAGCCUAUUCUCAAGGGGUACUAAGCACUCUAACAGAAGCACUUAAAUCAUCGAGUGUGAAUCUGUCAGAGACCAUGAUAUCUGUGCAGCUUAGUCUUGCGAAAAGUUCAGAUCCCGAGGCUUCUGCUUCUGUGGACAGUGCUAAUGGAAACCGAGACAGAGAAAUGGGUUCGCAAGCUGAAACCAAAAGCUUCUAUGAAGAAUCUAAACAUGCCCAGAAGAGGAUAAGACAAUAAACCACCUUCUUUCCUUUUUCCCCCAUCUCUUUAGAUCGUUUUGUUUCUUCUGCGAGGUAGGUCAUAUUUUUCCCGAGGCACCGAGGAAUUAUCUAUAGGUUCAGAUCGGUUGUAAAUAUCUGUUCAUUGCGUUUUUCCGGUUGGAUUAAGGCUUAUAGAAAAGAGAAAAAAAGGUAGCAAGUGUUUGCAUUUGAGAUACAAAGCUUCUUCCAUUGUCCAUAAUGGAGAGGUGUGACUCUUGCUGCUUAAUAGUAUCUGUCUUCAUCUGUAAUGUAUUCUUCUCGUAUUUAGUUGGUUUACCAUAUUUCUUCCCAAAUGCAGAAUCAAGAACAGAGUAGCCGAUCAAGGAAAGUAGAAAACUUUGUUCUUAACCAUGACAUUCAUCUCCAUUUUCAUUUUGCAACAAAUAAACAGGGAAUAUGCCAAAUAAAUGGUAUGUAUCUUGAUACUCAUAUUCAAUCAAGGGGAUAGUUUAUUUGUU